ACAUGUGAACUCCAUGCACACAGAUGGGAAUCGAACCCAGACCUUGGAGGUGCGAGGCGACAGUGCUAACUACCACACCACUAUGCCGCCCCCACACAAGAUAAUUAAAUAGAAUUAGCUUUGCAUUAAUGCUUCUAAGAGUAUUUGGAUCUGUUUUGCCUCUUCAAAGAUCACUUUGAAACACUAUUUUUGAGAAGUGAGAGGACUUUGAGGAAACCCAUGCACACAUAAAGAGAAGAGCAAAACUCCCACAAUAACCUAAGGUCAGAGUCGAAUCCGAGAACCUAGCUAUGAGCUCUGAAGCAGUAACAUACCAUUCAGACAUUUCCAAAAUAUUUUCCUGAAAGCUCUAUAGUACUAGCAUUUUUGUUGUCCUAGUAACAUUUUAAUACAUCUUCUUCAGUACCAUUGUUGCGUGUACUGUUAAAGAUCACUGGUGCAGUAUAGUCGGUAUUAGUCUUUAUGUUGUCUUUUGCCUUUCUAGUCUGUCGUCUAUCACAUAACAUUAAUGCUUAUCUCAUAUGAACUUCUGGUAUAUAACAAUCAAACCUGUUUUUUUUCUGUCCACCUCUGGAAAACGUGUAUAGGACGUAUUGGACGGGUUAUAUUAUACUAUAUAUUUACUAAGCGAACGCAGAAGGAAAAUCUUUGAUUUGCCUUGAGUUCACUUCCUUGAAGGGAACCUCAUCCAGAGGGCGUUCACAAAUCAGAGUACUUUCAGUGUCAGAUCCCAAGCUCUGGAUAAAAUGGAGAGGGUUGUGUCAGGAAGAAAUGAGCAUACAGUAAGGAUGGCUGGAUGGGAGCUCUAAUGGGAGUAGCCAAAAGAAGAUGAAGAAAAGACCAAGUAUAACAAGGUAAACAUUUCAGCUGAGGCUGUAAUCAGUAAAUGAUUUGCUGAAGAGCAUGGUCUGAUUACAUUAGGUUCAUUGACCUACAGAAGGCCUUGAUGGCAUUAACCAGCCAAAUGCCCUUGAAAUCAAAAAGUAAACCUGAAAACAAAUAACGAACAGUUGUUGCUACAUCCUAGGACAAGCCAAAAUGUUAUCUGCUUUUCACAACUUUGCUGAAUGUACCUGCCCUUUUCGGUCUAACACACUAUUUAAGAACAUCUCCUGCUGCGCUAUCAUUGCACUCAGAUCUGUUCUGCCUCAACAACACCUUCCCAGAGAGAUCACAGGAGCUGCCAAGAUUUUCAAGAUCAACCAUGCAGUGUGAAGAGACCAGGCUGAAGAAAAACUCCUUGCUGCUUGCACUGAAACGCUACAGCAGUGCAGUGAAUGACAUGGAACAGACCAUCCUGCUGCCCAGCAUGCUGAGGGAUGUCCCGUCUGAACACGACAUGGACUGCGAGAGUGUCCCCAACAGCAAGGACCUGUACGAGUACUAUCACAUGCUGAAAGUGAUCAGGAACACUGUGGAGUGCGGUCUGGUCCACCACGAUGUUGGGGACCAGAAGAUUCUGCACAAAAGCCUGGAACCACUGCUGGAGGUCGACCCAGAGGCGUUCUUCUAUUUCCAUCUGAGAGGACUGUUCUCCGUCAUGGGUACACUCACCAAGAAAUCACAGGACCUUACAGAUAAAUACCUGGACAUUGUGGGCACCGUAAAUUAGAUCUUUACUGCUCAGACAACUGUCCAUACGUCUGACCGGCUUUCAGGAACUUUCAAAAUCAAAGGUGUACCUUAUGACAUAAUUUUUUAAUUAAAUAUAAAAUGUCAAUUUAUUGAAGAUUUGCUUAUGAAUUAGUGUUAAAUGCAAUUAAAUUAUUGUUGCCACUUUA